CGGGCCUCCUCUGCGGCGUUCUGCGUCUCCCUGUUCGGACGCCGGACGCCGAGCCGCCUCGGAAGCUUAUGGACAUAACCGGACAGAGCGGCUCUCGUCACCGUCGUCGUCUUCUUCUCCUCCUCCUCCUCCUCCAUCCUCGUAUGAGUGUAGCGGCGGGGAGGGGUCACGGCGGCUCUCCUUCAUCCGGCCUCGGUGGACGCGGGCGGGCGCGGGAGCCAUGACUCUGAGCUCCGAGAUGUCGGAUGCUUCCAUCCUGUCGGAGGAGACCGACAUCGACGUGGUGGGCGAGGGGGAGGAGGCCGAGCACGGACGCCUGCCCGGCGGCUCUCCUCCUCCGCACCCUCCGCCUCACCAUCCGUCUCCGCCGUGCCUGGACGCGGGCCGGGACGCCUACAGCAGCAAGCCGUCCUCGGGCAAGAACCCGCUGGUGAAGCCGCCUUACUCCUACAUCGCCUUAAUCACCAUGGCCAUCCUGCAGAGCCCCAAGAAGAGGCUCACCCUCAGCGAGAUCUGCGACUUCAUCAGCAACCGCUUCCCGUACUACCGGGAGAAGUUCCCGGCCUGGCAGAACUCCAUCCGGCACAACUUGUCCCUCAACGACUGCUUCGUCAAGAUCCCGCGGGAGCCCGGGAACCCCGGCAAGGGCAACUACUGGACCCUGGACCCGGAGUCGGCGGACAUGUUCGACAACGGGAGCUUCCUGCGGCGGAGGAAGCGCUUCAAGCGGCAGCAGACGCAGGACUUGCUGCGGGAGCACGGCGGCUUCCUCCCGGCGGCGGCGGCGUACGGCUACGGAGGCUACGGCUGCGCGGGCUACGGCAUCCAGCUGCAGUCCUACCACACGCACUCGGCGCUGCUGGCCUUCCAGCAGCAGCAGCAGCAGCACUCCAGGCACGCCGGGACUCUCAUCCCCGCUCCCUCCUCCGCGGUCAUGCACACCGGAACCUCCCCCGCGGACCGGGCCAGGACCAGGUUCUAUAACCCGCAGCUCGGCGCGACCAAGUCCCCGGUGCAGAGGUCGCCCUUCUCCAUAGAGAGCAUCAUCGGGGGCGGCUCCCUGAGCCCCUCCAGGACUUCCCCGGUCGUCGUGCCGGUGCUGCAGCCCUCCUCGCUGGGGCCUCCCGCCGCCGUCUUACACCCGCUGGAGAACUUCCCCAACCGGGGGGUAAGUUAACGGCAGAGAGACUCAAAAAGACACACACACACACACACACACACACACAAAAAAAACCCGGUGAAGGUAGGAUUAUUUUUGUAUGUUUAUCGGACAUUUUUGAGAAAAAAUAUUUAUGUUCUUUUUACCUUCAAUCAGGACAUCUGCUCUCAGGAUUCUCAUGAUCACGUGUUGUUAAACAAAUGACUCCAAAAUAAUCGUGUUUUUAUUAUUAAUAUGAAUUAGUUCUGGCAAAUCUCAACGCUUGGAAGCUUUUUUUUGAUUUUCAACUUUGUAAUAAAAAAACAAGAAAGAGUAAAAAAAAAAAAAAAAGUCAUACAUUUAUAAUAUGCAGUGUCAUGUGUUUAUUUCAGUAAUAAAAUGUUACAUUUUUGGACAAGAA